ACGACGUAAUAACAGCUACGCGGCUACGGUAUGCAGGUAGAUACGCAAUUUAAUAAUUGAACGUCUAAACUGUAUUGUAUGGCGUAACAUUAACAAAAGGCACGCCUUAACUAAAAAAUAUUGGAUCGGUCAACAAAAACAAAGUACUCGGACAUCCCUAGACCCCUUCGCUCGCUUCUAGGCGGAUGGCGGUUCAAGUCGGGUGUGUUUUUUGUAAAGUUUUGAUGUCGUUGACUAUUUAAAGUGGUGUCCACGUUAGGUAGUCGUGGCGUUCCCUUGCUGCGUUCCUUUUCCCGGUGGAAGUGGCGCGUACUCCGCGAGCAAGUGACAUAUUUCGGGGCAAAGCGGCCACCGCUUUCGGCCGGUGCACACGUUUCGUUAGCUUCACUAUUUUAAAAACUCUAUCUACUUACUUGCCGGUAUCCGGGAAGGGACCGACCGCACCGCGCACCGUGCCACUCGUUGCCGAUGCAGUCGACCUGCGUACGCGUCGCUACGCUAGCCGCUUGACGUGCGUUCGCGCCCGCUCUCAUGCACCUUUCAUUGUUGAUAUGUUAUUAUGUUAUUUUUAAAUGUGCGUAAACUACGUCAGUGAAUGAACUCGUUGUAAACAAAUAAAGUGCCUUAUUUUGAUGAUGUUUGUUACGAAGAAGAGGUGAUAUUUGUUGGUGCUGUUAAGUUUCUGUUUCUUCAAACACGAUGAGCGGGAGGGAAGGCGGAAAUGCAGUUCCGUCUUCGAGUGUCGGGAACGCAGCGGGCUCGGGCGCGGGAGCGGCGCCAGCGGGGGUGACGGGGGUCACGCGGCACGGUCGGUGCAAGUGGUUCAACGUGGCGAAGGGAUGGGGGUUCAUCACGCCGGACGACGGUGGCCAGGAUGUCUUUGUGCAUCAGAGUGUCAUUCAGAUGCCAGGAUUCCGGUCGCUGGGCGACGAGGAGGCCGUGGAGUUCGAGUGUAAGGAGUCCGACAAGGGGCUGGAGGCCACCAGAGUCUCCGGGCCCUCGGCCGUGGACUGCCAGGGCUCGCAUCGUAGGCCGCUCUCCAAGAAACGGUUCAGAAAAAUACGCUGCUACAACUGCGGAGAGUUCGCCAACCAUAUAGCCGCCAAGUGCAACAUCGACCCGCAACCAAAGAGGUGUCACAACUGCAAGAGCGAAGACCAUCUUAUCGCUGACUGUCCUAUAAAGGUUGAAAAGAAGAGUGAUCAGCAAACGAAGAGUUCCGGCAGUUCUCAAGACAGCCAAGAGGGGAGCCCGCAGCAUACAUGAGGGCCCUAUCCUAGAUGGGUUCUCAGACAUUCUAGCGGCAUUGGUUCUUUAAUUUUACAAAUAUAGGCCGUAAGCUAAAGAAUGCAUAAUAUUUCGUCAACACAAACCUACAAAUCACUAUUUACUUAAAUAAACAUGUAACUGUCUACCUCAAAUGACUAUAAAGACAAGGCAGAAACUAUACAGAAAGUACAAAGCAAGACUGAUAAGUACAAAUAUCAUUACUUAUUUAAUUUUGUUACAAUAUUAAGUUUAACUUUAGUGCGCUAUAAGAUACCUGAUUUUUUAUCAUACCUAUUGCUAAUUUAUUGUAAUAUACUUAAUU